CCCGGCACCCCCGCCGCCCUCCGCCAACUUCCCGAAAAGGAUGUGAGUGACAGAGGAACUGUUGUUUUAUUGGCUUGCUCCCACUGCCCAACAACCACAGAGUUUAUCUGGAGGGCUAGCAAGAAGCCCAGCUACUUGUGUUUCCCUUGACUAGGGAACAGGGUGCCUGUUGGAGCAGGCAGCUUUGGGUAGGACACACAAGCGGCAGUGACGGAAUAAAGAAGAUGUUAGCCCAGGCAGCCCAAUCCAGCUUGGCCAUUAGCAGCAUGACAGGCGGUCCUGCCAGAUUACCCUCAUGGCUCACUGAGCGUCUGCAGAAGAAGAGACCACUGGAACAGGCCUCUGUUGUACACAGAAGACUGACUCUCCAUUCUCAUCCUGAGGACGCAUGCAGCUUCUUCAGAGGAUGGAUGGAUCUGCUUUAUGAUCUAGAAUGUCAUUGGCCCUGGAAGGACAUACCCACUGUGAUCCAAGCUUCAUGCCCACCCACAAACACACUCAGUGUAUGCCUCAGUUUACCUUGGAGAUUCAGUUCUUAUUUCCAAAGCACCUUUUCUUCCAGGCUGAACAAAAUAAGAGUUCUGGAAACAAAGCUAUUUUGAAGUAUUCAAGCACAAAAAUAUCCUGGCACUAGCUCCUCUACCUGUUUUCUUUAGUUUAAUGUGUAGGGGUGUUUAUCUGCCUAAAAAUUUUUUCUUGAGAUUUAAGUGAAAAAUGGUUGCUGGUUUGAAUCACAAAGAGGUAAUGAGAUAUGGAAAGAUAGCUAAAGAUGUGUAUAAACAUUGCUUUGCAUUUUGUUAAAUUAUUUUAAUGCAAAUUUUGUGUAAAGAACCAUGAUGUUUUAUAACUUUCUAAUUAAAAUGUUCAAAAUGGAAGGUUAAUGUGGCUUUUUAGAGGGGAAAGGUUUGGAAGGAGAAGAAUGGAGAGGGCAGAGGUUGCGCACACUUCUUCAAGUUACUCACCAACAGCCUUGCUUUGCCAGGGCUCUGCCCAGAGACCUUGGAGUUUUUGUUAGCUCUUUGGCAAAAGUCACCUGGUCCAGCCCCAAGUAAAUGUGAGUUUUCAGUGGCAUCCACAUGGCCUGUGGAAACCAGAGGCUGGAAAAUUACUAUUGCGUCUGGUGAAUAGCAUAUCAAAUUAUUUACAGAUCACAUGUUGGUAGCUUCUGGACCUGAAUCACACAGUGUAGCUGCAAGGAGGUAAAAGGUGAGAAAUAGCCAGGAUUUUAUCAACUGAGCUGUAACCCAUAGCUAAGGACAGAGAGUUUGAGACAAUUACUCAAUAUUUGGGUUGGGGGAGAUCCCUAAUUUUGCCAAAUGAUUAUCCACUUUCUGUUUGAAUCAGGAGAGGCCCCUAAAGUCUGGCUUUGGUCCCGUCAUCUAAGGUUAAUAAAGCAAUUCUGUGCAUCUCCUUUCCUUCUCUUCAUGUUCAUCUUUUUAAAAGAAGUUUUGUUUCUUUCUGACCACGUAAGUUCUAAAUGCCUAUUAGGGAAAAUGUGUAAUUACAGUAACCGAAAGAAAAUAAGUUGUCUAUAAAUCUGCUACCCAAAAGUUAUCACUGUUGGCAUUCUGAUACACAUCUUUCUACUCUUUUGUGUUAUGUCUAACUUUUUUGCUAUCAUAAACAACACUUCUAUGAACCUCGUGUAUAAAUUCUUGUUGCUGGUUUAUUUCCUUAACAUAAAUCCUGGAAAGGAAUUACUAAUUGAAAAAACUUAUGACCGUUCUUAAGGAUUUUAAUUCAUCUUGCCAAACUGAAUCCUGGAAAGAAUGCACUAAUUUGAGAAGUCUCAAAAAGAGACUUUUUUUAGAUCCCACCACGGAUUACAAAAGGUCCGAAUGCUCUUUUUUAGAUGCCUGGACUCUGCUCCGUUAUGUGUAGGGGACAGCCAGCUGCGGGCCCAGCUCCUGAGGGCCACCUGGUGUCUCGGCCCCUCCCUCUCAGCUUGGCUAUUGCGUGCCCUUGGCGUCAGGGGAUCGCGGACUUGGCUUAGGGCUGAGACCCGGGGCUUGGGAAGUGAUUUAGAUUCCAAGUCACUUCGCUGUGAGGAUGCCACUGAGAGCAAGGAGGGGCAAGAUUAAGAUUCAGUUUCCUUCACAAGGGCCUUUUGUGCUCCCAGAAGCCUCCCUUCUCUGGUGUAUGGAGGGGGAGACAACUUUUCUGGUCAAUUAGUGAGACGAGAGGUGACUCUGCGAGCGCCCUUUGGCAUCCUUGGCCAAACAGCGCGCCUCCCGCAGCCCCCCGGGCCCACCUGUGCCUCCCUUACUCGGGGCCCUCUUGCGCCCGCCUCUAGGCAGCUGCCCCUCCCCCGAGGCGUGGCCCCUCGGUCCCCGGGUGGAGAGGAUAGCGGCAGCCGGGGGCCAACCGGCUCCUUCCUUCCUUCUCUCCCGCCCUGGCUCCCGCCCGCCGGCUCCGGGACCGCAGCCACGUCUGAAAGCGCCUCAUUGUGUGCGCUCAGCUCCGGUCGGCAGCGCGGAGCAGCGCAGUGGGCCGCGGCUUGCAGCGCAGGUAGCGCAGGGCGCCGGGCUCCGGGUCAGGAGCGCCGGAGUUUGUUUCUUGCCGUUGCCCCAGGAUUGCUCCCCGCCGCCCCCAGCAUCCCAUUCUUACGACGCCUCUCUUUUUUUAGGGGGCUCCUGCCCUGUUCUCAGGUUCCCUCUGCUUUGGGUCUCCAGGUGUCUCCAAUAUCUUGGUAUCCGCUGACCCCCGUCUAUGCCUCUUAGAGCCCCCUCCCCGGUGUCACUGGGUGCCCCUUAAUAGCCUUGGGACCCUAACGAACAAAUCAGCCUCUGUGGACUCUCCCAGUGAAGAGACAGAGCCGGCGGUGGAGUGGAACUUGGAAGAGACGAGGUCAAGGAGCCUUUGCUGAGCCUCGGGAGAGGGGUGUCUGCCUCCGGGCCGCGCCGGGUCCAGCAGGGACGCCAAGCUUUGCGGUACGUUGGUUUGUCCUUUCUCCGCGCGGGAUGCCCCCACCCUGGGAAGGCUUGGGGCUGGGCCGGUGGCACAGUUUGGAGAGCAUUGAUCUUGCAGCUGGAGGUCGGGUUUGCGGGGAGGAGCCGAGCGUGGUGGUUCCAUGAGCAACGUGGAAAGGGCAUCGCCUUCCCAGUCGCUGGUUUGAAAGUGUCUUCCUGGGCUUCAGCUGCACACGAGAUCACUGUUGAGGGAUCCCUAUCCGAUGAAAUUUGAGUUUCAAAGGGAAUGACUUUAAUCUAGAAAGCUCUCUAAAGGCUUUUCCCACGGAACUUUUGAGGAAAAGCAGCUUGGUGAGUGAAUUUAAAACCAGAUCCAGCUGAAUUUGAGUUUGGCGGCCCCUGCUUCUGGCUGCUGGAUCUUGGGGCAACAAAAGAGAUCUCUGUUGGCCUCAGCGUAGGUGCCCAGCAAAUGUUAACUCUCUUUCCUCUUCCCUCGUAUAUCAGAGGCAUGAGGAUGGGAAAACUGAGGCCUAAGAGCAGAAAGGACUUGGCCGACCUGAAGCCAUGAGUGAGUGAGCCAGGCAUCAGGACUAAUGAGAAUAGUAGCCUGCUCAGUGAGUGCUGGCCGUGCUAAGGGUUAUCUUGUUCCAUUUACUCCCCUCCAGCAGGUGUGGUAGGUGCUGUUAUAGCCUCCUCUACAGAGGAAUCAACUGCAGCACAGAGACGUUAGGAGUGACUUGCUCAGAGUCGCACACCUCACUGGUUGUAGAGGCAGGAUUCGAACCCGGUCUGCCUUCAAUGCCAGGCUUCUGGCCAUUAUUCACCAUCUUCUGUCUGUAUGUACAUGUGCUGCCCCAUAUUUUGUUGCUAGGGUGCUACGGUCACGUGAAUGUGGUUAGGCUAUUGUUCUUGAGUUGUCCUUAUGAAAGGCUCCUCGUUGGAUUCAUAGAACAUCAUUGUGACCCAGAAUUUGGAAGAUUUCUGAAGAAAUACUUAGAAGUGUACUAUAUGCCAGACAUUGUUCUAAGUGCUUUACAAAUAUUAACUCAUUUAAUCUUCAAAUCAAGCCCACAUAAUGGGGUUAUAUUAUUUAUCCCAUUUUAUAGAUUAAAAAAAAAAAACAGGCACAGAGAGAUUAAGUAGCUUGCCAAAGAUCACACAGUAAAUGAACAAAUGGAGUUCAUACCCUUAGCCACUGGGCUAGCCCUACUCCCUGUAAUGAGACAGCCAAGGUCCUGCUUCUAGUCUAGUAAGGGGAGAUAGGUACAGAAAUGCAUGAACAAGAGUAUUCUAGGUAGUGAUAGCAGCAUUAACAAUGAUUUCUCAAUAUCACCUACUAUUUCAGUCCGUAUUAAAAUUUCUCUGAUUACCUCAAAGAUACCUUCUUACAGUUGAUUUGUUCAAAUCAGAAUCCAAACAAGGACCACACGUUGCUUUUGGCUGUUAUGUGUUUGAGUUGUUUUCUUCUAAAACUGUCCCUUCUUUUUUCUUUUUCUUGUCAUUGACUUGUAAGAAUAAUUUACUUUUUUAAAAUAAUAAAUUAAUCAAAAAAAGCUUAAAAAAAAAUAAACCAUAGAACAUUCCAGAUUAUCCCCAUAAUAAGAGGGCUCUGUCAACACCUGGAGGAACACAGAGGAAUAUGCUAAAUGUGUGUUCCUUACCCCCAUACCUUGUGUGUGGUACUGCAGAAAAGAGGUGGGAGCCCCCAGACUUUAGGGCCCUCCAGCUGUCAGGUUCUACGAUUUACACCAAAUUAGGUGCUGUGCAAAGUGCAUUUUGAGGAUCCCAAAGCUCAGAGACAGGGCAAAGCGUUUCUGUGUUGAUAUCUGCUCAUCUGCUCUGAAAUGCCCCAGGGCUGAGCCAGGGAGACUUGAGGCUCCUUGCCCAGACAGUGUGAUUUCACUUCACAUAGAUUCUUGCAGGCAGAAAUUUCCUCCAGCAGCAUCUGGGCUGUGCGACUCCAGCCUCCCUGCCUCGGGCUCGUGCCACGCAGCUGCUCAUCGGGGCUGGCAGAGAGAUUGGCAGAUGUGGCCAGGGUUUGGGCCAGGCAUGUCUUCUGCCCAGCCCACAGCCCUCAGACUGAGACAGGGCUUGGGGGCCUUGAUACCUUUCUCAGCACAGGAGAUAAUUUUCCAUCCCAUGCCCCUGUCCUCUGGCCAACCAGGUACUCGGGUCAGCUGGGAGAUAGAUUUGCAGGCCCUUCUCUCUCUGCAGUGAAAGCUGGAAGAGGCAAACUCCAUGCAUGCCUCCUUUAACCAACGAGAAAAAAUGGAUUUUAUGAUUACCAAAGUAAUAAAAAAGUCUAUUGUAGACUAUCUGGAAAAUGCAGAAAUUAUGGGAAGUGAGGUUAGAAAGCUGAAGGUUGCUGAGUCCAAGAAUGUCAUGAUCAAAUGAGUGGUAUAGGCAGCUCUGGUGGCUUGGUGCAAUGUCGAUUAGCGGGAGGCUAUGUGGCAGUUUUGCCAGAAUCCACAGGACCCUCCUGUGGUACUGGAUGCCCAGGCCACUCACUUGGACCACUAUCUGGUCUCUUGACCAUGGGUGUGUCUUUAACACCCCCAACUAGAUUGUCAGCUCCACCAUGAUAGGGGCCCUCGACAUUAGACCUCCAGGACUGAUCCUCUUGCUUGCUUUCUUUUCUCUAUUUUACAUCUUUUAUCCCUCAUCUGGUUUUUUGUUCUACUUUCUCCAUUUCCUCAAUUUUAUCUUUCAAACCUACUAUUACAAUUUUAAUCUCUAAGGCAAUUUAACUCUGAUGAAGACAAAGAUUGUACGAGAAAGGAAAUGUACUCUUGGUGCAUUACGUGCUUCAGCUGUGAGCUGUUUUAUAAGGUCAUAUAAUGUAAAUUUGAAUAUUGACUUAACCAAAAAUUAUUUUAGGAGGCUAGGGGUAGAAGGAAAGUGUAUUUACGUUUCUCUGUGUGUGUGUGUGUUAUGUGUAGAGAGAAGAUAAAUCUUUAUCUUUCAUUAAAACAAGUCAUUAGAAAAUGCUAUAAAUUCUAACUGUAACAACUCAUGCUUUCUUUUUAAGAAAUAAAGUAAUUAGCAGAAGAAACAACUAACAAAUUUGAAAGCAAUUACCUCUUGUUAAAUAGGAUUUUGGAGCAAGAGAAGGACUUGUGAUAAUUAUCUGACUUUUUAAACUAUGUACAUUUAAAACUUUUAAUUUAGUAAUUUUUAAAUAGUAUAUAUAUAUAUAUAUGUUCAUAUGGAUCAAAAUUCAAAUAGUACAAAAAAGGAUUUAUUGUGAACUCUCUUUUCCCAGCUAUUUCAUUCCCCACCCAGGGGAAACUAACAUGGUUAUUUUCUUGUACAAACUUCCAGGGAUAGCUUAUGCCUAGUCAAGCUAUGUGUAUUAUUUUGACAAAAAUAAAUUUUAAAAAGACUUUAUGACCAAAAAAGUUUCAGCGACUUGAGAAAGAGCACUCUGUAAGGUGGUUCUGGGUAUCGGGGAGGAGGGGGAACUUUCUAUUCCUUCCAUGGCCUCUUGUACUUUACUCCCACCCCCACCCCACCCCCAAAAUAUAUGAGUAUUUUCAUCAUCACCAUCAUUACCAUCAAAGACUUGGUGGAAGCUGGAGGCAGGGUUGCCUCUGAGGAUGGCCUGAGGGAGGUGUAGGGAUAGAGAAUGCCACUUCCCUUUCACUGAGUGGCCCUGGCACUCUGGUGUGGGACUGUGUCCCCUUUUCUAAUUUUCACAGAUUCUUAAGACAUAAGCCCAUGAUGCCCUCAUCUGUACUUUUAGAAUUUUGUAUCACCUCUAUGUGUUAGUUUAUCCCAAAAUUAAACACCUAAUAAACAUAUACCUCCAAAAAAGAAUUUAAAAAGGAAAGACUUUAUAGGGGAGGGCCUAGGCCUCCCAAGAUGGGAGACUUCAUUGGGCAAAGGCUGAGCAGUGGAACCCACCCCAGAUCCCUACCCUGGGGGUUGACAGUGGGACUUAAACCCCUGCCUUGCCCUUUACUAACUGAGUAUUCAUGUCUCUGAGCCCCACUGCCUCAACUAAAACAGACAGGGAUAAUUUCUACCUCCUAGGGAUGAUGGGAAGAUAAGAUUCAGUCAUGAAGAUAAAGUACGUACAUAUUAGAGGGCCUGCCUGACAUGUUGUUCCUAACUUUGAACCCUGGGGCAAUUAAUGGGUGUGCUGAACAUAUGGCUCCUUAUCAGAAAACUCCCAGCUGGGACCCGGACUUCUCUGGACACCCCUCCAGGGGUAGGAUAUUUUUAUCUCCUUCCUAGUUCUUGAGUUCCAAUAACAGGAUCAAAUAACAAUUCCUGUAUUGUGUGAGUCACUUAAGAAAACCUCUGGUUUCCUGGAGUGCAGGUAACGAACACCUUGGUAUAGGGUCAAGAUCCUCCCUACCCAGGAGAGGGCUGGGCUGGCCAGGGAAGCUGUGUUUGGACCAAACAUCAGGGUCCUGUGAUCUGCAGGGAUCUCCCAGGGAUGGAAGAGGACAGCAGCCUGUGAUGGACCCUGAGGACCCUCCAGACAUCUCCCAUGGAUUUGUGAUUGGGGCGGGCAGCUCUCCCAGCAGUCCAGGACAGAGGCCCCUGGCCGGCGGCAUGUGGCUGUCGCGCUUCUCCAGCACUGUGGUGACCGCGCUCCUGCUGGCGCAGUCUGGCCUCCUGCUCUUCCUGGUCUCCCGGCCCAGGACGCUGUCCCCAGUGGGUAGCGAGGAGCGGGUGCACGUACUGGUGCUGUCCUCGUGGCGUUCAGGCUCGUCCUUCGUGGGCCAGCUCUUCAGCCAGCACCCCGAUGUCUUCUACCUGAUGGAACCUGGGUGGCACGUGUGGACCGCCCUCUCGCAGGGCAGCGCGCCCGCGCUGCACAUGGCCGUGCGCGACCUGGUGCGCUCCGUCUUCCUGUGCGACAUGGACGUGUUCGAUGCCUAUCUGCCGUGGCGUCGCAACCUGUCGGACCUCUUCCAGUCGGCGGUGAGCCGCGCGCUGUGCUCGCCGCCGGCCUGCAGCGCCUUCCCGCGCGGCGCUAUCAGCAGCGAGGCCGUGUGCAAACCGCUGUGCGCGCGGCGGCCCUUCGGCGUGGCCCAGGAGGCCUGCCGCUCCUACAGCCACGUGGUGAUCAAGGAGGUGCGCUUUUUCAACCUGCAGGUGCUCUACCCGCUGCUCAACGACCCGGCGCUCAACCUGCGCAUCGUGCACCUGGUGCGCGACCCGCGGGCGGUGCUGCGCUCGCGCGAGCAGACAGCCAAAGCCCUGGCGCGCGACAACGGCAUCGUGCUGGGCACCAACGGCACGUGGGUGGAGGCUGAUCCCGGCCUGCGCGUGGUGAGCGAGGUGUGCCGCAGCCACGUGCGCAUCGCUGAGGCAGCCACGCGCAAGCCGCCGCCCUUCCUGCGCGACCGCUACCGCCUAGUGCGCUUCGAGGACCUGGCGCGGGCGCCGCUGUCCGAGAUCCGUGCGCUCUAUGACUUCGCGGGCCUGAGCCUCACGCCCCAGCUCGAGGCCUGGAUCCACAACAUCACUCACGGGUCCGGGCCCGGCGCGCGCCGCGAGGCCUUCAAGACCACGUCCCGGGACGCGCUCAACGUCUCCCAGGCCUGGCGCCACGCUCUGCCCUUCACCAAGAUCCGCCGCGUGCAGGAGCUGUGUGCCGGCGCGCUGCAGCUGCUGGGCUACCGGCCCGUGUUCUCCGAGAAAGAACAGCGCAACCUCGCCCUGGAUCUGGUGCUGCCGCGCGGCCGGAGCAGCUUCAGCUGGGCGUCGUCCACCGCCGCGCACCCUGGGCCUUAGCGGAGGCCCCAAGUUGUGGCGGUCGCCAGGGCCGGGAGGCUAGUGUAUGGUGGAGAGGGAGCUGGGGCACGUGGGUGCAGGGGCCGCAGACAGCUACCGGAGGGGCCGGAGUUGGGGAGUCCUCCCCUUUAGUAGGAAAGGACUGAGUCCCCAAACUACAUGUUUCUAUUUCCCCACUUCUUGACUUUCCUUUGAGUCCUCUUUAGGAGCUGAGUUCCCAUCAGACACACUUUAUGGAAAGCAAAAUUCGUGCUUCCAUUUCUUCUUGGCACAGGGAAUAAGUUCAGACGACUCGGUUCCUACUCGAGCACUUUCUUUCCCCUUAACCCUCUCCUCCUUUGGGAUGCGUCAUCCAGCAGCUGAGAAGGGUGGCCUGGUCCUGCCUGAGAGUGGAGGGGCAGUACAGUGAGCUUCUGUGUGUCUCCUCCGGUACCCCGCCUACACACACAGACCCCCCCCCCCCACCCCGACUCCAUUCCCCCCAUGCAUCUGGCACCUCACUCCAUCAAAUCUAUUGGCGGUUAUAUUCACCUGUAUCGUCAGAAAGAAAUCAGACAAGAUUUCUCUUAUUUUGUGAUCUCUCUUAGCCACUCUCUGCCCCAUCUUCCAGGAGCCCACAUGCCCCCAUCACUUGCCCAGGUAAGGUGAGCCUUUGAUUUGUCCUAAUAGGAAAGAUCCUACCUACAGAAAUAAACAUAAUAAUUAACCUGUGUGAUACAGAUUAGAGUUUAUAGCCUGUAAAGUUUGACAAGCGAAACACAGACUUGUCCAAGGUUACAACAUGAGAAGGAGUAUGAAGGGAGGAGGGAGCUUUUGCUCUGGGGCUGCAGUGGGGAGAAGAGGAUGAAUCAGGCUUGCAGAGACCUGUCUUAUGGACAAGAAGGGCCACAUUUCCCCCUCUUAUUUGCCCUAGGGAAGAGCAAGCUGCCAUGGCUGGGGCCACAGCUGUGGGAUUCAGGAAGUGGUGAGUUCUGGGCCCAGAGUGCAGAACCUGGAGAGCCUCCUAGAUGAGCCUGGAGGGAGGCAGUGAGGAGGAAAGGUGGAGGGAGAGAAGGCUUGGGAGGCCUGGGCAGCAAGCCAGGCAGAGCGUGUGGCUGAGCAAGAGGUUGGCAGCAGGAUCAGUGCCUAGAGGGCAGGUCACAGGGUGAAUGUAAUUAAAUCAGGCUUGCUAUGAGCUUGGGAAAAAAACAGCUCUGGGGUGAUUGUCUUCCCUUGGUCCUUCCAGGCCAGGCCCCGGAGGAGAGCAGAGUAAGAGUCCUAACUGCAGACCACAACCCCUAGCUCUGGCAGCGAAGAGACUUAUUAAAGAGAUACUCGAUGUGUAGAGGGCUUGGUCCUGAGCUCAGGAAAUGAGAGCCAGCAAGUGCUCAGUACAUGUUUCAAAGAAAAAAACAAAAAACUUCACAGAACCUCUAGGAAGGACAGGGAAGCAGAUCUGAGUCUGUACAAACAGAAUACCCCAAGUCCCAUUGGGGCACAAAGUCGGUCUGGGGACUGACGCUUGCCACCAGAACUUCUGUGCCCAUUACCUCUGGAAACGAGGGAGCUGCCCUCACUGUUGCCAUCAGUUGCCAGAAGGGAUUCUGGAGGUGGCUAGUCUCUGAGUCUCCGCCUGAGUGUGGCCUUAGAUUGAUGGAACCUGGACUGUGGACCCACAUCCUCGCUGCAAAGCAGGAGGAGCAAGGGCGAUCUGGCAUUUUCUGCUGCUUUUCUUGCAUGGAGAAGAGGUAUAUUGACCUUGAAGCUGAAGCUUCAGGACGCCUCAUUUGAGGAUCUGCCAAGAUGUAGAAGCUUCAGGCCCCAUAAAACCUCAGUCUGCCCAUGCUCAUAAUAGCAUGGGGAAGAUAUUUAAAACCCAAAAUUUGUUAACAGGGACUCUGCAGCUUAGAAAGGCUCAGGUCAUAUCACUUAAUAUAUGGGCUAGGACUUGAACUGAUAUCUUUGACUUCAACACUUACGGUUCUAACAAGUAAAGUGAACUGGGGAUGUAGCAAAGGACCCCACCAAAGGCUUGGGAAGCCCGAUCAUUUUACCCUAGUGAUGACAUGGGUCUCUGGGUGUCAGGGAGCCAUCCUGGCAUUUGGCUGCAAACAUCUCAAGAACCAGAAUGUUGAAAGGUAUAGUGGGCAGUUGGCUGAGGUGUUGGGCCCCUGCCGCUUGCCUCUUUCCUCUCUGCAUUCCCCUCUCUGUCUUCCACCCUGUGCUGGCCACUGGGGACAAAAGCAGCCUGCUUUGGAAGAAGUGCUCGGUCAAGUGGAGGGGUCCAGCCAGGAGCAGUCCCGGGCAGUGUGGUGUGUUCAGGCAAAGAAGGAUAAGCAAGAGGUUCUGGGGCCAGAGGCUAAGAAUGAGGAGACACUGAUCUCCAGUGGAGUCCAGGAAGGCUUUUUUGGGGGCCUCAGAGCCCAGCCUGAUAGUGGCAUCCCACAAGUUUCAUUUGCCCUGCUCAGGUCACAAAUUGUAUUGAUGGCCACAAUUAAUGGCCUUUGCUGUGUGAUUUACCCAUUCUCAUUUGACUCCGGGGGUCCCAGGCACAGGGAUGACAGGCUCAUAGACUUUACUCCCUGCAUAUGGGACACUCUAGGCAAGCCUCUGGGUGAGUUCCCUGGUAAAUGGGUUCCAAGCAAGCCUCAGGUGAACUCAGAUGAGGUUUCAGGACAAAAACAGGUAGUAGCCAGUUUAGUGCUUCAAUGAGUCAGGCCUGUGCCGGGCCCUGGGACAUAGUGGUGGACAAAGCAGUCACAGCCCUUGCUCUUGCUCUUGCGGGGAGUGCAGACUCUAAAUAAAUAGUCCUACAGAUAAACAUGUAACCAUAAAUGUCAACUGUGCUCUAAGAAGAAACAAUAAGAAUGGGUAGAGGGCAACCUACUUUAGAAUGGGGAGUCAGGAAGACCUCUUCGAAGAGGAAACAUUUGGUUUGAAUAAAUGAAGGGUGAAUAGGAGUUAAUCAAGCAUGGGAUGAAGAAACAGAGGCAGAGAGAGACUGAGGGAUUGGUCCCUUGGAAUCAAGGUUCCCUGACAAAAUAAAAGACUCCCUCCUGGGAAUCCGGGCUCAUGAGCUGGGAGAAGCCCCCAGGAGACGACCGAGUUUGUGUGUCUAUAGUAAAGUUUCCCAGAAGUAGA